AUGGAACAAGUCCUCAAUCAGAUCCAACGAGACUAUCCCCUGAAAUGGCCCCAACCAUCACGGUCUCCUUCCAAUCGGCGAGACCGGUCCAAAUAUUAUCGUUUUCACCAGGACCACGGUCAUAAUACUGAGGAGUGUGUUAACCUCAAAGAUCAGGUCAAGGGCUUGAUACGUCAGGGACGUCUCAGCCGGUUCAUGGACACCCGCCCUCAGCAAAGGCAAAUGACUGAACCCAUUAGAAACAACCGCCGGCACACUCCUCCCCGGCAACCAUCACAACCUAACCCUGGCCAUGAUCGCCCUCCACAGCAACCCCGAGCACAAGGUAACUCCGCCCUACCUAUUGGAGAAAUCAGAGUUAUUGCUGGCGGACUUGCUUGUGAAGGACCAUCCCGCUCGGCCCAGCGGGCAGAACUUAGAAAAAUAAGGCAGGGCUCAGACAAAGAAGUUGCCACGUUGGAUCGUCCUUCUAAACAGCCCAAACACUGGAUGGAGCCCAUCACCUUCACGGAGGCCGACUGCAUAGGCAUACGUUACCCUCAUGACGACUCUCUCGUCAUCUCUGCCCUUCUCUCCAACUACAAAGUCAGACGAGUUCUCAUCGACAAUGGCAGUUCUUUCGACAUCAUCUUCCUAAAUGCUUUCUCCAGUUCAAGAUCGGGGAAAAAAGUAUGUCUCCUCUCCAAACCCCAUUGGUCGGUUUCACUGGAGACCGGGUGA